AUGGAUGGAGUAGUCAGGAGCUCCCAAGAGGAUGUGUAUAUCGAUGUAGGCGAAGUGAAGACGAGAAGGUUGCGGUUUGCAAUCGACCUGGUAUUACAUGCAUCUUUUGAAACUGAUCUGCAGUGCUUCCCAGAAAUGUUCACAACCGAGUACGACGAAAAGCCUAGUGCAACGACGACGUUCUGCUGCCCUUUGCUCAGAUUGACGGAGAAGUUCAACUACCUCGGAGUCGCAUUUACUAGCAAUUGA